GACCGAGUUGUAUAUAGGGAGCCGCAUCCGCCCAUGUGCCGCAGGUUCUCUUACAUCGACCGCCUAAGAGUCGCGCUGUAAGAAGCAACAACCUCUCCUCUUCCUCUCAGCCAUCCGCUCGGCAGCCGCAAAGCAGCAACCAUGCGUGAGUGCAUCUCCAUCCAUGUUGGCCAGGCUGGUGUUCAGAUUGGCAAUGCCUGCUGGGAGCUCUACUGCCUGGAACAUGGCAUCCAGCCUGAUGGCCAGAUGCCAAGUGACAAAACCAUUGGUGGGGGAGACGACUCCUUCAACACCUUCUUCAGUGAGACAGGCGCUGGCAAGCAUGUGCCUAGGACAGUGUUCGUAGACCUGGAACCCAUGGACAUUAACGAAGUUCCUCAGUAACCCAAGUGAUUCCCCAAGGGUCUGGGGCAGGACGUGUGUCCCGGGGGUUCUAUUGAUGCCCUGGGGUUGAGCAGGCUUGUGCAGAUUAUUGGUGAUAGAUGGCCACUUUGUUUCCCUUUUCCAGAUGAAGUUCGCACUGGCACCUACCGCCAGCUCUUCCACCCCGAGCAGCUCAUCACAGGCAAGGAAGAUGCCGCCAAUAACUAUGCUCGUGGGCACUACACCAUUGGCAAAGAGAUCAUUGACCUUGUCUUGGAUCGAAUUCGGAAGCUGGCUGACCAGUGCACAGGUCUUCAGGGCUUCUUGGUUUUCCAUAGCUUUGGUGGGGGAACUGGUUCUGGGUUCACCUCCCUGCUGAUGGAACGUCUUUCUGUGGAUUAUGGCAAGAAGUCCAAGCUGGAGUUCUCCAUUUACCCAGCCCCCCAGGUUUCCACAGCUGUAGUUGAGCCCUACAACUCCAUCCUCACCACCCACACCACCCUGGAGCACUCUGAUUGUGCCUUCAUGGUUGACAACGAGGCCAUCUAUGACAUCUGUCGUAGAAACCUUGAUAUUGAGCGCCCAACCUACACUAACCUGAAUAGAUUGAUAGGUCAAAUUGUAUCCUCCAUCACUGCUUCCCUGAGAUUUGAUGGAGCCCUGAAUGUUGAUCUAACAGAAUUCCAGACCAACCUGGUACCCUAUCCCCGCAUCCACUUCCCUCUGGCCACCUAUGCCCCUGUCAUCUCUGCUGAGAAAGCCUACCAUGAACAGCUUUCUGUAGCAGAGAUCACCAAUGCGUGCUUUGAGCCAGCCAACCAGAUGGUAAAAUGUGACCCUCGCCACGGUAAAUACAUGGCUUGCUGCCUGUUGUACCGUGGGGACGUGGUUCCCAAAGAUGUCAAUGCUGCCAUUGCCACCAUCAAGACCAAGCGCAGCAUCCAGUUUGUGGACUGGUGCCCCACUGGCUUCAAAGUUGGCAUUAAUUACCAGCCUCCCACUGUGGUGCCUGGUGGAGACCUAGCCAAAGUACAGCGAGCUGUGUGCAUGCUGAGCAACACUACAGCUAUAGCUGAGGCCUGGGCUCGCCUGGACCACAAGUUUGACCUGAUGUAUGCCAAACGUGCCUUUGUUCACUGGUACGUGGGUGAGGGCAUGGAGGAAGGAGAGUUUUCUGAGGCUCGUGAGGACAUGGCUGCCCUUGAGAAGGAUUAUGAGGAGGUGGGAGCAGAUAGUGCUGAGGGAGAGGAGUUAAAAUGUCACAAAGGUGCUGCUUUUACAGGGAAGCUUAUUCUGUUUUAA